GCAGCCGCCGCCGCCCCCGCCGCCGCCGCCGCCGCAACCCCAGCCUCCCCAGCAGCCGUCGCCGCCGCCACAGCAGCCGCCGCCGCCGCCGCCGCAGCCGCCGCAGCAGCAGCAGCCGCCGCCCCAGGCCCCCCCCAUGGAGCCCGAGGCCCCGGAUUCCCGCAAGAGGCCCCUCGAAACGCCCCCCGAGGUGGUCUGCACCAAGCGCAGCAACACGGGAGAGGAAGGCGAAUACUUCCUGAAGGUGCUGAUCCCCAGCUACGCAGCAGGCUCCAUCAUUGGCAAGGGCGGGCAGACCAUCGUACAGCUGCAGAAGGAGACAGGAGCUACCAUCAAGCUCUCUAAGUCCAAAGACUUCUAUCCGGGAACCACAGAGCGAGUAUGCCUGGUACAGGGCACAGCAGAGGCCUUGAAUGCUGUGCACAGCUUUAUUGCUGAGAAGGUCCGAGAAAUCCCACAAGCAAUGACCAAGCCUGAGGUGGUCAACAUCCUUCAACCCCAAACCACGAUGAACCCCGACAGAGCCAAGCAGGCCAAGCUGAUCGUCCCCAACAGCACCGCGGGCCUGAUCAUCGGCAAGGGGGGCGCGACAGUGAAAGCCGUGAUGGAACAGUCGGGUGCCUGGGUGCAGCUGUCCCAGAAGCCAGAGGGCAUCAACCUUCAGGAGCGCGUGGUGACAGUCAGCGGCGAACCGGAGCAGGUGCACAAGGCCGUGAGCGCCAUCGUGCAGAAGGUACAGGAAGACCCCCAGAGCAGCAGCUGCCUCAACAUCAGCUACGCCAACGUGGCUGGCCCCGUGGCCAACUCCAACCCCACCGGCUCACCGUACGCCAGCCCCGCUGAUGUGCUGCCCGCCGCCGCCGCCGCCUCGGCCGCCGCCGCCUCCGGCCUGCUGGGCCCCGCGGGGCUGGCGGGCGUGGGCGCCUUUCCGGCCGCCCUGCCCGCCUUCUCAGGCACCGACCUGCUGGCCAUCAGCACGGCGCUAAACACGCUGGCCAGUUACGGCUACAACACCAACUCCCUCGGCCUGGGCCUCAACUCGGCCGCAGCCUCCGGGGUCCUGGCCGCCGUGGCCGCCGGUGCCAACCCCGCCGCCGCCGCCGCGGCCAACCUCCUGGCGUCCUACGCGGGGGAGGCCGGGGCCGGGCCGGCCGGAGGGGCCGCCCCGCCUCCACCCCCGCCCCCCGGAGCCCUGGGGUCCUUCGCCUUGGCCGCAGCCGCCAACGGCUACCUCGGGGCCGGGGCGGGCGGCGGAGCGGGCGGCGGGGGCGGCCCGCUGGUGGCCGCCGCAGCUGCGGCAGGGGCCGCCGGGGGCUUCCUGACGGCCGAGAAGUUGGCGGCCGAGAGUGCCAAGGAGCUGGUGGAGAUUGCGGUGCCUGAGAACCUGGUGGGGGCCAUCCUGGGCAAAGGGGGCAAGACGUUGGUGGAGUACCAGGAGCUGACGGGCGCCCGCAUCCAGAUCUCCAAGAAGGGAGAGUUCCUGCCAGGCACGCGGAACCGGCGGGUCACCAUCACGGGCAGCCCUGCGGCCACACAAGCCGCUCAAUACCUCAUCAGCCAGCGGGUCACCUACGAGCAGGGAGUGAGGGCCUCAAACCCCCAGAAAGUGGGAUGAGGCCUGUGGUGUUUGCUCCCACCCUCCUUCCUGUCCCUUCUCCUCCUCUUCCUUCUCCUCCCCCUCCCCCACACCCCCAACUCCUGACCUCAGCUCGGUGUAGUCCUGCUCCUCGUGGGAUGGGGCUGGGGUAGGCCUGACUGCACCCCCCCUUCUGGUAGUCAUAGGCAGGAUUGAGUGCUGGCUGGGGAUGGGGCCCAGAAGCUCCCUCCCCAGCCCUGAACUGACCCCUCCUUCCCUCCCUAUGCUUGACUGGGCCUGACCCUCCUCUCCCAGGGCCCAGGUCUGUGUGAUAUCUGUAUAUAUUGCAUUUUGUUGAUUUUAAUAGAAAACAAAGCGUUA